AUGGCUACUAGCAGAAAACGAAGUGCACCAAGUACCAACGCUGGAUCUUCCCAGAACACGUGUUGUACUAGAAGUUCACAUAGGGAGCCUCAUGUUGAGCUGGCACCUUCGUUGGGUGUAGCCAACGCACAGAUGUCUGCACCUUCCAGAUCUCAUACUCAUUCCUCUGGUUCAUCCGAUGGACCUGUUCAUUCUGAUACUUCCUCGCAUCCAGAGCUUCGUUCUGUAUCCCCGCCAGUGCCUGAGCAGCCACCUACAACUUCGCAGGUACCACCCAUGCCUAGCAUGCAAAUAAUGUUUCGCAUUCAAGGGUAUAAUCACUGUUGGCCAGCUCCAACAGCACCCAUGCAGUCACUUGCACCGGGACCUCCUCGCUCUCCUAUGCAAUCUCCCAACCCUCAAGCUUUCGAGCAUCGUCGUCCCACCGAGUCCAUGCCAGCCCCAGGUCCUCGACACGUGCAUUUCGAAGAUGACCAGGAAAGUUCUGACGAAGAUUUCCCUGAGCCACCGCUGCCACUGUCAUCCUCAGAAGACAAAGAUGAUCAUCCUGAAACCCCUCGACGACCAACUCCAGGCACCCCUCGACAGCUUGCUCACGCCGCUGCUGGUCAGAAGAAUAAAAACCAUCGCGCAGCUCGUGAUAUCUGGUCUUUCUAUGUGAAGACAGGGGACCGCCAUCAUUGCGCAUUUUGCACCGCUGAAGACUUUGAAGACAGCGAUAACAUUGCAAAGCAAUCCGAUUUUGGGCUGAAAACUAGCACCAAUAUCCUACGGCAUCACUUACUCGACUUCCAUGUUACUGCAUGGUUGACAAAGUGUGAACAAUUGGACAUUGAAGUUCAUAUGAAGCAGAAAGCGUACCGGGAUGCCAUUAACAACUUUCAAAUCAAACAAGGCAAGCAACUACCAUCAUCCAGUGGCACUAUGUGGCGUCCGUAUUCGAAAGAGUCAUUCAUCGAUGCACUGGUCAGUUGGAUUGUCGCUGAUGACCAAGUCUGUAAAUAUUUCUUUCUCUGA